AUGAUUAGAAGACUGACUUUUCUUAGAACUCAAAGAUGUGAAUUGCUUCGAUUUUUCUCGUCAAGUAAAGAUACUGAGAGCUUAAAAAAGCAAUUUGUAAAGCUUGCUGAAGAAAUGAACUUGAAUAUCGCAACAGAUACUAAAAGUAAUGACGAAAUCAAAAUGAAAGAUCAAAUUAAGAUGACCGAAGACCUUAAGGCGCAAUUUAAAGGUAUAAAAGAAGAUCUCUCUAACUACCCCCUCCCGUGAGCAGACAAAAUCACUGGAAAAAAUCCCUAUUUUUUGCCAAAAACUCUUCGUGAGCAAUAAAAAAAUUUUUUAUAAAAAUAUUUUGAUAUAUAAGUGGCAAUUAUUAUAAUGAAAUCUCUAGCCAAUUUCUGUUUAAUUUUUAAACAGCUUGUAUUUUAAAACAUAAAUUUUACAAUUAAAUAAUUUUUUCCAAUUUUUGCAAGUUGGGAUUUUUUAGUUUCGAAAAACAGAAUUCUUUUGUUCACUCGUGGAUGGAGGCAGUAAGCAAACAGGGCAAGCCAAAACAGCCCAAGAAAGGUUAAAAGAAUCUUUCCAAAAUUUCAGUAUGCCUAAAUUUUCAAUGCCAGAUUUUUCAAAGUGAAAAAACCCUAUACAGCCUGACAAAAUAUCCGAAAUACAGCCAGAAAAGGAAGAAGCUAAACCAAAUGAAAACUUAAGCCAAAGCACACAAGAGGCAUCAGGAUCUGAAAAUAUUAAAAAAGAUGAAGAAAUUCCAAAGCCAGCUAAAACUCCUUAUUAUGAAAAGUACCCUAAACUGAAAUUCUUACACAUAACAACCAUAUACAUAAAAUGGCGACCCGUCCUUCCGUGGCGGGUGUCCUUAUGUAUACCGGACAUGGUUUUUGGAUGCGGAGAGCUACUCAAGGGAAGAGUUAGCCUCGAGGCGAGAGGCCCAGCCCAAUUUCCGCUGAUUUUGGGACUCGACCCGGGCAGCAGUUUUUCGCAUUCUUUUUACCAGUAGCGCCGAGGCCCAGACUCGGUGUCCGAAAGAGGCAGGGUGAGUUACCUGCCUAGGCUACUUGGUGGCUUAGCCCCGAAUCCCGUAAGGGGUUGAGUUCUUUCUUGGAGAUGAUCCGGGAAAGAGGGGAGGCGAAGCUAGACUUGGGGAUCUCAAGGGCACAAGUCUCUCCAGUUAAAAGGGUCCUCUCACGAGGGCGAUCUGGCCAACCGGAGGUAAAGACUGGCGUAAUUCGGGGCGGAAGGCUGAGCUGGAAAUGGUGGUGCCCAGCGACAGUCGGCUGACGACUCAAUAGGGCAACCCACUACCGAGAAACCAGGGUUUCGGCCUGGGCUCAGAGAACCAGUGAUGGAAGCCAUCCUUUUCGCUCGUGCCAGCACGGCUCCUCAAGGAGCGCGGAGGAAUGCCACGCAUGGAAGUAGGGACUAUAAAUACGCAUCUUAAACCUAACCUAACCUAACCUACACAUAACAACCAGUUACAUAAAAGAUGCAAUAAAAGAAACAUUUCCGGACCAAGAAUACAAAAUAAAUUUAAUGAAAGAAAAUGCUAGGAUCCAAAAAGAAAAAGAAGAAGAGCUGAAGAAAUGGCUAGAAGAACACCCAGGCGACGAAAAUAUUCCAGAAUGGAAAAAAGGUGCUCUUUCAGUUGCCCAGAAAAAAAGGACAAAGUGAGAAAAAAUAAAGGACAGUGUAAUUGGAUCGAAAAUUGGGUCAAAAGUAUCAGAAUCGACACAAACGAUACUAAAGCAGGACUCUGUUAAAAAAGCAAAGGAAAAUAUUCAGGAUAUUAAAGAAGGAAUACAAUCCAUAGGACUUGAUAUAAAAGAUUCCAUCCAAAUGUCAGACAGUCGGCUUGUUCAAUCUGGUAGAGAACUUCUUAGCCAAGCAGCAGUAGAAUCAGCCCAAGCCAAGGCUGUAAAGGUAUUCCGAGCAUAUGACCCAGAUUUUGACAUCUACCAGCUAGAAAAUGAUCUCGAACACAUAGUUGUUGAUUUCUAUCAACAAUUCCUUGACCUCAACAAAGAAUAUGUGCAAAAAAUCACAGAAGGUCCUGCACGCGAAUUCUUGAUGAAAAUUCUUGCUAAUAAAUCAGAAGGGUUAGACUAUAAGCAAGAAGUUUACGAGGUUACAAGGCCAGUAUUUUUAGGGGUAAAUCUUGAGGAAAAACAAAACCCAAGACUUAGCUUUAGCUGUACAGUAAAAUAUUCUGGAGGCAAUAAUUCACAAGAUAAAGAAGCGAGAAUUUCAAGAGUGAAAAGCCACAAAGUAAACUAUUUCUUUAUGAUUUCAAGACACCCUGAGCCUGAUUUUGAAACUUAUGGGCAUCCGUGGCAAUUUCUUGUAUUUCAGCCUUCAGAUGACCAGCUGAGACUUGGUGGUUAA